GGACGCUUCAGCGGAUAGGAGCCGCUGGAGCUGGGCGGUCCUUUUUUAAGCUCCUCCUCCUCCCAGCUUCCCUACCGAAAGCACAUGUCUGCAGGCUCCGCCCCUCCGUCACUUCCCGGGACAGGACAGAGUCGGCUAAAGUCAUUAGUGUCAGAACCGCACGCGGGGACGGCUCAGCAGCCAUGAAUCAUGAGUGAGCGGUCCAGAAACGGCUCCGGCAUGGGCUCCUCGGUCGCUUUCUUGGGGAGCCAGGCUUCUUUGCUGUCGGAAGUAGAACCUAAACCCCCCCGCCGCUCUCUUCACUGAAACUUUGAAGCGAACUCCUUGACUUUAGGAUUAUUUCGCUUCUCAGCAACCUCAAAGCUUCAAGAAAGACGGGACUACUCUCUCCUCCUCCUCCUCGUGUUCCGCCGGAGCGCAUGACCCAGUAAGAGAAGGAAAAGUUCUCCCUCCAGGGGGGAAGCACCUGACACUCCUCUCCCGCCUCGGUCUCCCCGCCGACAUGACCCUUGGAUCGGUUCCCGGCUCCGACGACUCGUCGGCGGUCAGCUUUUGCUCGUGCUGCGGAGCCAAGAUGGUGCCCGACCUCAGCGACGACGCAGUGGCGUCCAAGAACCACAUCAACCAGCUCAUCAGCGAGAGCUUCCUCACCGUGAAAGGCGCGGCCCUCUUCCUCCCCCGGGGUAAAAGCCCCACGCCGAACUCCGGGCCUCGCAACAGCCAGCGCAGGAGCAAACACACCGGCGACCUUCAGAAGCAUCUUCAGACCAUGUUCACUGUGCUGCGUCCUGAGGACAACAUCCGGCUGGCCGUGCGUCUGGAGAGCUCGUAUCCUCAGGUGACCCGCUACAUGGUGGUGGUGUCCACCAACGGCAGACAGGACACAGAGGAGAGCAUUGUGCUGGGCAUCGACUUUGUCUCCUCUGAUAGCUGCUGCACGGUGGGGCUGGUUCUACCUCUGUGGAGUGACACCAUGAUCCAUUUGGACGGAGACGGCGGCUUCAGCGUCUCCACCGUCAACAGAGUUCACGUCUUUAAGCCGGUGUCGGUCCAGGCCAUGUGGUCCGCCCUGCAGUCGCUCCACAAAGCCUGCGAGGUGGCUCGCUGCCACAACUACUACCCAGGCAGCCUGUUCCUGACCUGGGUCAGCUACUACCAGAGCAGGGUCUCCUCCAGCCAGUUCUGCAUCAACGAGUGGAACGCCAUGCAGGAUGUGGAGUCGUACCGUGCCAACUCACCCAUCCUCUUCACAGACCUGCCUACAGAAAGGGAACGCACAGAGAGACUCAUCAAGAUGCGUCUCAGAGAGAUCAUGAUGCAGAAAGACCUGGAGAACGUCACGUGCAAAGAGAUCCGAACAGAGCUGGAGAUGCAGAUGGUCUGUAAUCUGAGGGAGUUUAAGGAGUUCAUCGACAACGAGAUGAUCAUCAUCCUGGGACAGAUGGACAGUCCCACGGAAAUCUUUGACCACGUCUUUCUGGGCUCCGAGUGGAACGCCUCCAACCUGGAGGAGCUGCAGAGCAGCGGGGUACGGUACAUCCUCAACGUCACCAGAGAAAUUGACAAUUUCUUCCCGGGAAUGUUUGAGUACCACAACAUCCGGGUUUAUGACGAGGAGGCCACCAACCUGCUGGAGUACUGGAACGACACGUACAAGUUCAUCACUAAAGCCAAGAAAGCUGGCGUGAAGGUUCUGGUUCACUGUAAGAUGGGAGUGAGCCGCUCUGCCUCCACGGUGAUCGCCUACGCCAUGAAAGAGUACGGCUGGGAUCUGGACACCGCCUUCGAUUACGUGAAGGAGAGGCGCACCGUCACCAAACCCAACCCGUCCUUCAUGAAGCAGCUGGAGGAGUAUCAGGGAAUACUGCUGGCAAGUAAACAACGGCACAAUAAGCUAUGGCGCUCCCACUCCGACAGUGACCUGUCAGACCGCCCGGGCUCCCUCUGCAAAGCUCCGCCUUUGGGCCGCGCCGACUCCCACAACAACAAUACCUCCACGGCGUUACAUCACUUCCUGGGCGUGGCCGUGCUGCAAGCCCUCAGUGCUGAAUCUGAAGAGUCCAGCAGGUCAGGCGACAUCCCCGACUCGCGCAGUGGAAGCAGCGAGUCGCUGCUUCUGGGGGAGCUGCCGUCGGACUCUGGGACACCCCUUGUCCUACCCCUCCCCCGACCCCGCGCGGCCACUGUCAUCCCAGAUGAACGGCUGGACUGUUCAGCCCGCGUGGCCAUCACCGUCCCCGUUGCUCUGCCCCACCCCCCUCCGGCUCUGCUCAUCCUGCCGCCGACGCCGGAGCUGCAGCGCAUUCCCCGCCGUCGUCCCUCACACCUCCCCCUGUCGGGCUCCAAGCCCACGGCGCCGCCUCCGAAUGUACCCAACGGCGCCCACCCGGAGGAUGUCCGACCUCCGUCUCCGGACUCCGGCGACUCGGACUCAGCAACUCCCUCAGCUUCAGACGGAAGCAGUGAACAGCACACUCCCCCCACACUACCGGCAAGCGACGACAACAACAAUCCCCCCGAGAGCCGCGGCGAGGCUGACGGUUCGUCUAACCACAGUUCAGACGGCAUCGACUUCUUCAGCGCACGGGAGAAGUUCCUGGGUGGAGUUCAGGAUGACCGGAUCCAGCAGCUGCAGCGGCGUCCGUCAUCUGACGGAGAGGAAGAAGGCAGCGAGGAAGAGGAGCAGGGAGACGGGAAGAGUCAGGAUGAGGUCAGCGACCAUAAAGCCAUCCUGGACCAGUCUCCUCCCAGUCACCAUGACAACGGAAUAUCAGUCCGCCAUAUCGUCACGGAGAUCGAAGCCAUAUCCAACCCCUCUACUUCCACUACCUCGUCCUCCUCUUCAUCGUUACCCCCGUCGUCUCACAGCUCCCUCCUCCUGCGACUGGAUCUCGACGAGGAGGCGGAGCCUCCUAAAGUUAUGCACACCGCUCCGUCCUCGCCUCCUCCGCUCGUCCCCGCGGUGCCUCGCGACAGGCCGGCCGGCUCGGUGCGGCGAGCCACCGAGCAGCUGGAGCAGAAGAUGAAGCAGGAGCGUUCUCCGCUGCCGUCCCCCAGCGCCGAGCACGCUCCCGUCAGACUGACCCCAGAACCGCCCGCCGUCCGGUCGGCUCCGCCUCCUUCAGGGCUAAGGACUACUCAGGGAGAGACGGUGGCGGUUUCUGCGGACACUAAAUCCAAAGAGAAGCAGGCGGCCGCUCACUCGGAGCUCCUCCACUCCUCCAAAGAAAGCCAUGUGGGGGCGCCGUCUCUGACCCCCACCACUCCAUCAAAAGAGUCCCUAACAGAUACCUCAGCCCAUUCUCAAAGACGGGGCCAAACUCUGCAGAGCCCUGCCGCCUCCCCGGCGGCUCCACACAGAGUGGCUGUGCGUGGAGUGACCGUGCAGGAAUCGAACACAGAUGAGAGGUCGGACGCUGGGCUGCAGCGCUGCGAGGCCUUGAGCAGACUGGCUCGCAGCAGCCAGGAGCUGGAGCGCAUCCAGCAGACGCUCCAGGAGCUGCAGGCCUUCCUGCACGAGGGCAUCGGUCAGGAACAGGAGGCGGGGCCUCCACGGAGACUCAGAGAGGCCAUGGACACGGAACCAGAGGGCCCCAAAACGCCCACGCCGUCAGGACUAGAGCCGCACAGACACAGGCGGGCCCUCGCCGAGCAGACGGCGUGGAUCAGAGCCUUGGAGCUGGAGGCUCGGAUCCGCCAGGCGGGCCUCACCCCCCCCUCCCUCAUGAAGCGCUCCGCCUCCUUAGCUAAGCUGGACUUCCUGGAGCUGUCGGCGAACGACCUCAGCGACCUGGACCUGAGGCCGCACGCUAGGAGCCCGUCGCACCCCCAGAACCUGCCCCCCGCCUCCCAGUCCCACCCCGACGACGCCUGGAAGAAGCAGAAGGUGCUGACUCAAAGCGCCGCCGCGCCCCCCUGCGACUCGCCGCGGCCCUCUGCCCACGAGAACUCAAAAGACGACAAAAGCGAGACGGACGAGCCAGACGGGCUCCACGCGUCCCGCCAGCAGGGCAGAGGUCACCCCAGACGCCCUCGCAAACCCGCCGAGAAAAAGCGAGCGGCCGCUCUGAUGUACAACACGAUGUAGGAGCCGUGCAAUGGAGCGCCUGAGGAGAGCGAACGCGAGACACGAAUGAACGUGGAAACCACUGGAUAUAUAUGUGAGCUGUGGACGGGUCCGUCACAGCCUGUCAGAACUGACUGAUCACCUCUCUGUCCCCUUUUCUACGUCUGUCUGUUCAACCAGGGGGGCUUUUUCUCAGAAAACGCACUUUACUGAUUGAAUGAGUGAAUGAAUGACUUUUAUUUUGAUGUUUCUGUGUGGGGAGGAUUCUUUUGCACUGUUUUCUCAAUAAACUCGUCUCUGUGGUUUUGUUUCCUACGUGCACAGACAUGUCUGUCUUUAUGCAGAUUUUUUAUUAAAGCAGGACAAAGCUCUC